AUUAAAGGCGUGUGCCACCACCGCCCCAACUCUGUCUAGAAUCUUUUAAAGCAAAUAUACAGUUAUCAAAAUUUAAAAAUCUAAACCAGGAGAAGUGGUGUAUGCUUGUAAUCCCAGCACUUGGGAGGUAGAGGCAAGAGGAUCAGGAGUUUGAGAAUAGACUGAGAUAUAUGAGACUGUGUCUAAAAACAAAUAAUAGAAAAUUAAAAUCUGCCUUCCUGAGCAGGUGUACCUUGAUAAUUUCUGUAUCCUUUUAGAAAUACUAUGUGCAGAUACAAUAUUCGAUUGAAAUUUAUAAUACUGUUACUUCUUGUUCAGCAAAUUGUUGUUUUUUUAAAUAUUUGAGAGUAUGGGAUAUAUCCACUAAGUACACACUAGUAUCCACUAGUGUACCCGAUCCUGUAGCCUGCCACAUAGGUUUAACAAAUUGUUGCCAUUUUGUUCUGACAUCUUGUUCUGGGUUGGUGGGCGUUGGAGGAGUCCAGUUACUACAGACCAUCCUAGUAGACAUACAUAGUGCUUUAGGUAAUUCUGGUGAUCUGUUUGCUGGCCUGGGAGACAUCCUAAGGAGACCGAGGCUCUGCUUCAGCUGUUUACAUCUCUGUUGGGUUUAUAUCUCUGUUCCCUCUCUUGCUUCAGCUGUUAAUUGGGUGUGUGACACUUUUGUUGUCUUUUGAAGACAGGGUGUUAGUGGCCUUUGCUGUCCUGGAACUCCGUGUAGACCAGGCUGGCCUCGAACUCACAGAGAUCCUCCAGUCCUGUGUGUGUGGAUCUCCUCUCCAGUACUGCUUGUUAUACUCCCUAGACUCACAGGGGCUGGAAGGCGUAGAAAACUAAAGUGUCGAAAGUGCAGAAACUUCCCUGGGCUUGGUACAGCCAGUUCUUCCGACAUCAGCUGAACUAGGGCCUCCCCUUCCCACCCCACCCCACCCUCUGCAUCGCUGGGGGCGGGGUGGCGAAAUGUUUCUGUGACGUCAACGUGCGCAGGACCAAUCCCCCUGCCCAGGAGACGUUAAGUCGUUUGCAUGGGUCGUCGGUCAUUGGCCUCUCGGGCCACCUGGGCUGUCGCCGCUUUUUAAAGGCGCCGCGUAACGGAACAGAAAACAGGAGAGACGAGAGGCGCGGUGGGCUAUGAGGUCAUCGCCGGCCUGCAGGGCUUGGGAGUGACGUCACCUCCGGGAAGCGUGCCGGCCGGGGCUGAGGGCGGUCCUCUCACCUCGGCUGCGUGAGAGGCUGCGGUCCCCGCGGCCCUAAGAAGUUCUUAAAGGGCCAGCCCGCCGGAUCGCACAGCUGCGUCCUGCGCCGCCCUUCUCUCGUGUCCGUGCCGGAGAGGCGGAAGACAGAGCAGGCUCGGGAAGGAGCCGGCGCUCCACCAUCCGCACCCCGCAUCGCGAACAAAGGAGCCCGCGCGUUGUCGGACGGCUGCCGGGUUGUGAGCCCCGGCCCAGCCCCUCCACCUCCCUGCUCCCCUGAUGAGACCAUGGACUCUGGCAGUGACUAAGUGGCCACCCUCUGCCCCUGUGCGUCACUGGCAAUUCUCUACAAGACCGAGCAGCAGUCCAGGCCCACUCUGGGGAAGCCUUGGCCACGAGGGGCCCCUGGCCAGCCCACCUGCCCAGGAUGAGCACUUAGCCUCCCAGCAGCUGCUGCCCCAGCCAUCACACCUCUCUGUAGAGGAGCCCCGAGCCUCAGCUCCUGCCGGCAGGAGCUCACGAAUGCUGCACCCAGCCACCCAGCAGAGCCCGUUCAUGGUUGAUCUUCACGAACAGGUGCACCAGGGACCUGUCCCUCUGUCCUACACAGUCACCACAGUGACCACCCAAGGCUUCCCCUUGCCUACAAGCCAACACAUCCCUGGCUGCAGUGCCCAGCAGCUCCCAGCAUGCUCCGUGAUGUUCAGUGGGCAGCACUAUCCCCUCUGCUGCCUCCCACCUCCGCAGCUGAUCCAGGCGUGUACCAUGCAACAGCUCCCUGUGCCCUAUCACACCUACCCCCACCUCAUCUCCAGUGACCACUACAUUCUUCACCCCCCGCCACCGGCCCCACCGCCCCAACCUACCCACAUGGCACCUCUUGGUCAGUUUGUAUCCCUGCAGACCCAGCACCCACGUAUGCCCCUGCAGCGACUGGAUAAUGAUAUGGACCUUCGAGGGGACCAGCACCCCAUAGGUAGCUUCACUUACUCCACCUCUGCCACUGGCCCGGCCUUGUCACCCUCGGUGCCCCUUCACUACCUGCCCCAUGACCCACUGCACCAAGAGCUGUCCUUCGGUGUGCCGUAUUCCCACAUGAUGCCACGAAGACUGAGCACACAAAGAUACCGUCUACAGCAGCCGCCGCCGCCGCCACCGCCGCCGCCGCCGCCAUCUUACUACCCAAGCUUCCUACCCUACUUCCUUUCAAUGCUGCCAAUGUCACCGACCACCAUGGGCCCCACCAUCAGCCUGGAUCUGGAUGUGGAUGAUGUGGAGAUGGAGAACUAUGAGGCCCUCCUGAACCUGGCUGAGCGGCUGGGAGAUGCCAAGCCCCGAGGCCUCACCAAAGCAGACAUAGAGCAACUGCCGUCCUACCGCUUUAACCCUGACAGCCAUCAGUCUGAGCAGACCCUGUGUGUGGUCUGCUUCAGUGACUUUGAGGUGCGGCAGCUGCUCCGAGUCCUUCCCUGCAACCAUGAGUUCCAUGCCAAGUGUGUUGACAAGUGGUUGAAGGCUAACCGGACCUGUCCCAUUUGCCGGGCCGAUGCCUCCGAGGUGCCCAGGGAGGCUGAGUGAGGCUCCUUCAGCCACCCACAAGAACCCUGCCCAAAGCUCCGGAAAUGGGUGGGGGGGGCAGGGAGUGGCCCAGGGAGAACUGUAAGGGAGGGCCCAGGCCUGUCUCAACAUUGUCACCUGCUACUCCAGAGCUGGUGCCAGGUCAGCCCUGGAGAAGCCCCUGCAAUAAGCCCCUGCGUUUGCCAAGCUCCAAAGACUCCUUCCCCAAACUGCCCGCCCGCCCGCCCGCCGUCCGUCCGUCCGUCCACCUGCCCUCCCUCCUGUCAUGGAGCUGCCUGAGUGUCCCCAACUCAGUCUGCCUCUUAUUUGCCCUUGGGUCCUUCUUCCUGCUGGCUCUGGGAGGCAGGAGUCCAUUCCCCAAGUGUGACUCCCCACCCCCCAAGUGGGCAAAGGAGUAGCCACCCUGGGUCAACUGGUCUCUUGUACCGAAGUGAAGUAUUCCCUGCCCAGGUGGUCCUACCACAUCUGUGGGCAGAUAGUAGCCAGAGACCAUUUCCUAAGUCCCAGAUCUGAGUCCUGUUUGAUUCCAGACAGACUUAGGCAGUCGGCUCUUCCUCCACUGCUGUGCAGUGUGGGUCUGACUCCUCAGGACUCUCACCCCAGGCACAAUGUUCCAGCCCACCCCCAGGCUGGAAGGUGUAUCCCAGCCAGGCUCUUGGAGCAAAUGGGAUGGGGGCUCCAAGCUGGACACAUUAUGUUCUGCAGGAGCCAAGCCACGAUAUCUGGGCAUGUCCUUGUGUUUCUGGUGGCCGCCCCUCCACCAGUGACAAUGUCAGACCAAUGCUUGAUCUUCUCCCCCUCUGUCGUUUUGCAUGAAUGUGAGGAACAGCAGUUUUUGUUUAUUCAUUUGGCCCAAAAAUUGCGUGGAGGGGGUGUGGAUAUUUAGAGGUGUUUGGUAGGUGUUUUGUUUUGUUUUUGUUUUUUGGGUUUUUUUUAUUUUUGUUUUU